UUUUUCUUUUUUGCCUCCGCAAACUCUUCCUCAACUCAUCCAAUGACGGCAACAACAAAUGCAGAAGAACAAGAAGCAGCACGUCUCAAAACAAUAGCAGAAACAAAAUACAAAACAACCAAAAACACAAAAUCAGCACUCAAAUACGCCAAACGAGCAUAACGUUCAGCACCACACUUACAAGGAAUCUCAGACUUAGUCACUUCUCUCAACAUCCUAUCCUCCCCUGAUUUCUACGCCGUUCUCGACGUCGAACCCACCGCCACAAUCACCACCAUUCAUAAACACUACAAAAAACUAUCUUCACUUCUUCACCCUAACAAUAAUCACCACCACGUUGAAUCUUCUCAAGAAGCCCUCAAACUUGUUACUGACGCUUUCGGCAUUUUAUCUGAUAGAAAGCUUAGAGAAGAUUACGACGGGAAGCUUGAUCUCGAGAUGAGAGAAAAGGUAAGGACUUUUUGGACUGCUUGUGAUACUUGUAGGGUUUUGCAUCAGUUUGAGAGAAAGUAUUUGGGUCAUAAACUUGUUUGUCCUGGUUGUGAUAAGAGUUUUAAGGCUGUUGAAGCUGUUCAGAGUGAUGGGUCUCAGUCUCAGGAAGAUGAAGAAGAAGAAGAUAAGACUUUGGGUGAUUUUAUGUUGAAGAGGAAGAACAUUAAGAAGAAGAAGAAUGGGAAAGUGGGUUUUGAAAAAGAUGAGAUUUUUAAGGGUAAUGAUGAAGUGGGUGAUGAAGAAGAUGAGACUUUUAGGGGUAAUGAUGAAGUGGGUGAUGCAAAAGGUGAGAGCUUUAAGGGUAAUGGUGAUGUGGGUGUUGAGAAAAGUGAGAGCUUUAAGGAUAAUGAUGAAGUGGGUAUUGUUGGGAGACUGAGGAAGAGAACGCGUUCGAUUGGUGAGGUUUUGGAAUGUUCUGAAUCCAAGAGGGUUGUUGGGAGUGAAGAGGAAACAAUGACAUUGGCUGAAUUUCAAUCUAAAGUGAAGACUAAGAGAAAGGACGAGAAAGGGAAGAUGAAGGGAUUGGAGAUUAAGAAGGGUUUUGCGGUCGAGGAGAAGAAGAAUGAGGGUUCUGUGAAGAGAAAUGGGUUGAGUCUUGAGAGGCAUAGGGAUACUAGUGGCGAGGAAUUAGAUGUUAUGGCGGUUGCGGAUUCGGAUUUUUAUGAUUUUGAUAAAGAUAGAGUGGAAAGGAGUUUUAAGAAAGGUCAAGUUUGGGCUGUGUAUGAUGACGAUGAUGGAAUGCCGAGGAGUUAUGCUUUGAUUGAUGAAACUGUUUCAGUGAAUCCUUUUAAAGUGAUGAUUAGUUGGUUGGAUUUACAGAACAAUGGGGAUGGGAAGAUUGUUAGUAGGGGGAAAUUAGGGUUUCAUAUACCUUGUGGGAGAUUUAAAGUUGCUAAGAAGGUUUCCAUAAGUUCUGUAAAUGUGUUCUCUCAUGUUGUGGAUUGCGAUCGGGCAGCGCGUCAGGUUUACAAAAUUUAUCCUAAGAAGGGAUCAGUUUGGGCGCUUUAUAGUGAGGCGAGUCUUGAUGCCGGCGAUUGCAAUAUGUGCUAUGAUAUUGUUGUGUUUUUGACAAGUUACAGUGAGAUGAAUGGUAUGAGCAUGGCAUUUCUCGAGAAGGUUGAUGGUUACAAGACAGUGUUUAAGAGACAAGAGAGUGGGAGUCAUGCUGUUAGAUUUCUUCGGAAGGAUGAAUUUGGGCUAAUUUCUCAUCAGAUUCCUGCGAGAAAAUGUCCUUGUGAUGAGGCUCCUGAAUUGUUGAAAGACUGUUGGGAGCUUGAUCCGGCUUCACUUCCUUCAAAUUUACUUACUAUUGGUGGCAUAGGUAAUUGAGGUUAGCAAAUCCUUUUGGUUGCUUACUGUUAGGUUGCUUAAAUUAAUGAUUUAGAGAAAGAAAAAAAAUUACAAUGAGGAGUAUGAUUUGAGGAAUCGAAACUGUUUUGGCAUGUGACUUUGUUAAAUUUGCAGAUCAAGGAAAUGUAAAUGAGUUACUAUUAAUGUUAUGCUCAAUUAACUAGGUAUUUUCAUUCAGUCUCUGCAUAAUAGGGGACAGUGAUUGAAACAAGUAUAAAGUAUAUUAAUACCUGUUUUGGAAGUUCUCUGUGUUGACAAUAUGACAGACUAAUCUCAUUUUGUUCUAAAAAAACAUGCUCACUAACAUGAUUCUGUGAAUUUCUUUCCUGUAAUGUUCUA